AUGUUCCACCACACCCACGGCUACAAAUCCCACUCCCUCCAACUGGAGCUUGUCCACCGCCCCACGGGCCCCAUCAUCCCCAGCCACACUUUCCGCGUGAGCGCCGUCCCGGCCCCCGUCCCUUCCGACCUCAACGAAGGCGACCUCCUCCUCGAGACUCUGUACAUCUCGCUAGACCCCGCCAUGCGCGGCUGGCUCGACGACGUACGCUCCUACGUGCCCCCCGUGCAAAUCGGCGAAGUGAUGCGCGCCUUUUGCAUCUGCCGCGUCUUGGCCUCUCGCAGUCCCAAGGCCGCGGCGGGGGACAUCGUCACGGCCAUGAACGGGAUCCGCGAGAUUGGGAUUCUCAGUGAUAGGCAUAUUGAGAAGCCGGCGUUUUUGCCGCCCGGUGGAAAAACGACGGAUCUCUUGGGUGUGCUGGGCAUGACGGGGCUGACGGCGUAUUUCGGCAUGAUGAAGAUUGGGAAUGUGAAACGGGGGGAUACGGUGGUGGUGAGCGCGGCGGCCGGGGCGACGGGGUCGGUGGCGGUGCAGAUUGCGAGGAUUCAGGGCGCCAAGAGGGUGGUGGGCACGGCGGGCAGUGAUGAGAAGUGUAGAUGGUUGGUGGAGGAGGGAGGUGCGGAUGUGGCGCUUAAUUACAAAGAUCCAGAGUUUCGGAGGAAGUUCAGGGAGGCGACGCCGGACUUUGUCGAUGUUUAUUUUGACAAUGUCGGCGGCGAGCAACUUAAUAUGGCGCUGGCUCGGGCCAACAGAGGCGCUCGGUUCGUCAUGUGCGGUGGUAUCAGUCAGUACAAUGCCGAGCACAAGCAAGGGCCAAAGAACAUCAACAACGUCAUCACCAUGAGAAUCAGAAUGGAAGGAUUCAUCGUCUUCGACUACAAAGAUGAGUACCCAACCGCUCUCGGUCAGCUCGCCCAGUGGCUGGCUGAAGGUAAGCUGAAGAGAAAGGAGACCAUCCUCAAGGGAGGCGUCAGAGUCGCGGAUGAAGGCAUGGUUCAGCUUUAUAAGGGUGGUAACAUCGGUAAAUUAUUAAUCGAGGUCAAGAACCCCGACGAGGAGCGACAAUCAAGGCUCUAGAUGGUAACCUAGAUCGUGGCGUGUUCGGUUGUAAAACUAAUUAAUGAAAGUACAGGCGGGGGUCCACUAUUCAACAGCCAUGUGUUCCUUUUUUCCAUUGUGUAUCAAGAGAAGUGUCAAUCGUGUUUGGGCUCAGAAGCCUACCCCAGAUAGUCGUGUUUAUGUGUGGUAGUUACAUGACGUCGACUCGAAAUACCACCCAGCAGAG